AUGAAGCCUCGGCUCGGAAGCUCCGAGCUUUACACUAUCGCAUGGAUUGCUGCUUUACCCAUUGAACGAGCAGCAGCAACUGCUUUGCUCCACGAGAUACACGAUGAGCCCGACGGGUUCGUUCAGCAUGAAACCGAUAACAACUCGUACAGCUGGGGCCGGAUUGGUGAACACAACAUCGUCAUUGCCUCACUCCAAGCAGGAGUCUACGGUACCAUAUCCGCAGCAACUACUGCAUCGGACUUGAUUUGUUCACUGCCCCAUAUUCGAAUCGGAUUAUUAGUUGGGAUAGGAGGAGGCAUCUCGAAGCUUGAUGAGGAUCAGGAUAUUCGACUCGGUGAUGUUGUUGUCAGCCAACCCGACGGAACGACUGGAGGGGUAGUUCAAUACGACUUCGGAAAGGCAAAAGCAGAGGGCGUCUGGGAACAGAAGGGUUCCCUUGACAAGCCCCCUCCAGUACUGCUCCACGCACUAGCAAGUUUACAAGCACGACAUGAAAUGAUGCCAUCCAAGAUUCCCGAUUUGCUCCAAGCAAUGUGGGAUGCGAACGAUCGUUACAUGACAAAGGGAAAGAGGAACUAUACUCACCCGGGUGCAGAGAACGACCGGCUUUACAAGUCAGAAUACAGUCAUGUUGGCGGUCUCACCUGUGCUAAGUGCGACCCUGAAUGGGAGGUAGAGCGCGAAGAGCGGGAGUCGACCGAUCCCGAAAUUCACUAUGGUAUUAUUGCCUCUGGGGACUCGCUUAUCAAGGAUGCCGCUACCCGUGACAAGCUAUCGGAUCGGCAGCAGUUUCUGUGUGUCGAAAUGGAAGCUGCAGGGCUGAUGGAUCGGUUCCCAUGUCUGGUGGUCCGUGGUAUCUGCCACUAUACAGACUCUCAUAAGAACGACCGAUGGCAACGAUAUGCGGCCGCUACGGCUGCUGCCUUUGCUGUUGAACUUCUGGAACAUGUCCCGGCUACACAAGUUCAAGCGACUCGAAAGGUUAUCGAGGCAGUGAAGUCACUUGAAGAGAAGAUAGACACAUUGAGCGCCUCAGUUCAGAAUGUCGACUCAAAUAUCGUCCUUGACCGGUUGCCUAAUGCAGAAGACGAUACAUCGAAGCCAAUACUCUGGCUCAACGGCAUGGCAGGAACAGGGAAGUCGACUAUUGCACGCACUGUUGCUAAAUUGAGAGCCGAGUGCGGCGAUCUCGGAGCCAGCUUCUUUUUCAAGAGAGGAGAAGCAGACCGCGAAAGCUUGGCUAAGGUUAUGCCUAGUAUAGCCCGCCAGCUGGCCAGAACUGUCCCAGGGUUCGCGCAGUUCGUCAAGAACGCGAUCGAUUCUCAUCCUGACAUAGUCGGCAAGCCUGUAGCGAAACAGUUUGCUGAACUCAUUGAGGCUCCGCUGAAAGAGCUGACCAAGGCCAGCACAGAGAUAUUUCCGCUCAUAAUUGUUAUCGACGCCCUGGAUGAAUGCGAAGGAGAGGGCGAGAUUAGAUCCUUGAUCGAUAUUCUCUCUCGUGCCAGCUCUAUCCAACAUUGUCUUCGAAUUCUUAUAACGAGUAGGCCAGAUCUUCCGAUUCGUCUGGGUUUCGAAAAAGCCGUGGACACCUAUCGAGCCUUGGUUCUUCACGAUAUGCCGGUAGACACAAUCAAGCACGAUAUAAUGACAUUUCUGGUUAAUGAAUUCGAAAGGAUCCGGGUUGAUUUCAACAGCGUUGUACCCAAAGAGCUAAAGCUACCACCAAGCUGGCCUGGAGAAGAUGCCAUAAAUAAGCUCACUGAGAUGGCAGUACCUCUUUUCAGUUUUGCUGCUACCGUUUGUCGAUUCGUUUCGGACUACAAGGUCGAUAGCCCCUCCGAACGGCUGUACAGGUACUUGCAACUCAGCGAUAACAACUAUGGGACUCAUCUCGGACAAAUCUACGGGCCAGUUCUGCGGUCAAUAGUCACUGGUGUCUCUGGAGAGGAACGUAGGCGGAUUGUCGAGCAAACGUGUCACAUCGUCGGCAGCAUUGUUAUCCUGGCAAGCCCCCUCUCGAUCAUGGCCCUGUCUAAAUUGCUUGAGCUUCCAGUCAGCGUUGUGCAUAGUCGACUAAUUGCACUCCAUUCGAUAUUGAACAUACCAUCAAAUCUACACGAACCUGUGCGGUUGUUGCAUAUCUCACUCCGAGGCUAUCUCACUGAUCCUAAUCAGAAUCAAAAGAAUGAGUUCUGGGUAGACGAGCAGCGUAUCCAUCUUGGGCCUUUCAAAAACUCCUUACGAGUGAUGGAUGUCAGCUUGAAGGAAGAUAUCUGCAAUCUAGUGUGGCCAGGAGCUCAACGGACUGAGAUUCCUUCUGCACAGGUGGCCUCUUGCAUUUCUGAUGAAUUGCAAUAUGCCUGCCGCCACUGGGUCAACCACUUUCAGAAGAUCGAGAGCUCUUUGCUCAAUCUUGAGGAAGUUUUCGCGUUCCUGCAGAAGCAUCUAUUCCACUGGCUGGAGGCCUUGAGCCUUAUAGGGAGAUUCAAGGAAAGCUUCCAGGCAAUCAGGAUAUUACAAACUAGUAUCAAGAACGAACAAAACAAGACGUAUGGCCAGCUUUUGCGCAAGAUCCACAGCUUUCUUCAAAUGAACUCAACAAUUAUUGAUCAACACCCUCUUCAGCUUUACUCUUCCCUGCUGUGCUCCACACCAUCUGGUAGUCAGUUAGAUCAAACGAUUCCGAAAAGAUUGCCUCCAUGGCUGCGGCAUGGCCCCGAACCGAACAAGGCGUCAGAUAAAGCUCAGUACAUAUUAGAAGGUCAUAAAACAGAAGUUAGCCAUUGCUGCUUCUCGUUAUCCAACUCGCAUCUGGUUUCUUGCUCUUCCGAUGGCAGGACAAUGCGCAUCUGGCGCCUAGACACCGGAGAAUGCAUUCGAGUCAUUGCUAGCGAAGGAGGGGGCAGUUGGAAGCCAUUCAAGCUGUCAUAUGACGGAUUAUGGAUAGCCGCCACCAUCGUGACCUAUUCUGAUGAAUUGGAGUUUAAUGCUGUGAGAGAUGAAGGGGAGUCUAACACCAGCAUCCAGGGAGAGGAGGCUGAUACUAGGAGCGACACAGAUGAGUCUACUACUGGAAGUAGCGAAGAGGACGAGUCUGAUGGUAGAAGUGAUAAUCAUCGCUACGUUCGUUUCUUGAAACUUUGGCACGCGAAUACUGAAGAAUCUAUUGGGCCACUCCCCUUGCAAGGCGGCAUGCAACCUUUCCAAAUUUCGCCAGACUCUAAACUACUUGCUUUAAUAAAAGAUACAGGAACGGCGGUUGUUUUACGUCUGGACAAGGCUGGAUCUCCUCAAGAAAAUCGCCUCGCGCGUUGCAAACGAAUCACCGGAAUCACCGGUGGUGCGUUUUUUCGUCAUCACCAUAGGUAUGGAAUGCAAAAUCUCUUAUCGCCCUACCGUAUAGAAUUCUCCCCCGAUUCCUCUAUCCUCACAAUAGUGUCAAGCUUUACCGGCAAGUACGCAGUGUGGGAAACCAAGACUUUCGAAUGCAUCCGAUAUCAGAAGAUGACACCCCUUUUUCGAACCGUUUUUCAUCGUGACUCAAUCCGAGACAAAUCUGCUUCAGUUGCCGUGACGGGAGACUCUUCAAUUAUGGCGGCUGGCGCCUUUUCUGACAAAAGCUGGCGAUUUGAAAUCGGGGAAAACGGACCUACAGACAACAAUGGGCAAUUCGAAAUCAGGUGGCUCGACUCUGGAGUAGUCUGCACGAUCGACUGCCAGGGACAUAUUGAGCAUACUCAGUUUUCCCCCAAUCACACGACUUUGGCGUCUAUCUGCAAGGAUGGAUCUGUAAGAACUUGGAGGGUUGAAACAGGAGAAUGCCUAACCCUGUUCGAAAAUGUCCAGGAAUGGUCUGAUAUAUCUCUCUCUCCAGACUUGACGUUGCUAGGUUCGGCUGGAUGUACCAAAACCAUCAGCGUCUGGGCGAAUGAUUCUGGGGAUAUGGAUACAUACGAUUGCAUUCAUGAGUUUGAUGAAGGGCUUGAGAAGCGAACCUCCGAUGAUUAUGGAUACCCAGAGCUCUUCCAAUUCACGAAAGAUAAAAAGUAUCUGUUCGUGUCCAGGACCACAUCUGUUUACAAGAGAGAUGGCGGUUAUGACAACACUAUCACGUCCUUGGAUGGCCACUUUCGAGUUUGGGAUGUGAGAACAGGCCAGUGUAUCAUCAGUUCCCAGACAAAAAUCCAUUCUGCAAACUUUAAUGGCGACUUCGAAGGAUCUGCAGUGUCCGUUGCCCCCGACGAUCAUUAUAUUGUCUCAGUUCGGGAUAGGAAUAUCACGAUUAUAGCAAUCGAUAUAUUCCCCGUUACUCAUGAACUGGCUCUCACAGGGCUUGUUUAUGAUGUAGCGGUCUCUCCCGAUUCCCGAUUUCUUCUUGUCCUCUCAUCUGAGACAAUCAACCAGGGUUGGGGUAUACUUGACAGACAGGAAUUGCUCCUGUCCAAGUUCAGCAUAGCUUCAGCCGACCAUAUUUUUAGUAUUAUACCGCCAAUUAGUGCUCAGGAAAUAUUGGCCGUUUCUUCAGACGCAAAGUUUCUGGUGCUACGAACAUUUGAUUAUCACCAAAGGGGGGCAAAGGCGAUAUUGACUGACAUAGGGGAACUGCUCUACGAGUUCGCACUGCCCUUCGCUAUAAACCAUGUCUCUCUGACUCAGAACGAAUCGGUUUUGCUUUCAUAUGAACAUACAUAUUUGACGUUUAGAAACUCCUCAACCGGUCAAAUAAUUGGACGUCUAAACGUAAAUUUUGGCUGUCUGCCAAGGCGACUAAGUUUUGACGCGAGUACUCAACAGAUCCAUACAAAUUUUGGCACAGUCGCAACUCAUGAAUAUUUCACGGCUAUAGAUCAUUGCGAAAUUUCCCUAACCGGGCAUUUGGCAGGAUAUGGGAUUAGUAACGACAGGUCCUGA